AUGAAUAUAAUUUUUUUUUAUUCAAAAGAGUACAAGUUGUUCGGUCCAGAAAAGCUUUUCUACGUAAGUUCGGCGUUAAGUCUCGAAGAAUACGUUGACAUAUUUCCCCAAGCUCUUCCAGAGGAUGUGUAUGAAGUUAUCAAAGGUUUUCACGGCCAGCCGUACGCGUGGUGGGCUGGUCAGUUGGUCAGUUUUUUGCUGAAACCUCAGAAAUGGUUGGAGGAUAAGUUAUUGGCUGAUGAAAAAAUGAUGAAUUUUUCAAGUCCAAUUGUUGGUAUUCACGUUAGAAGAACCGAUAAAAUACCGUCUGAAGCGUCGUUUCAUGCUCUCUCCGAAUAUAUGACCUAUGUGGAGAAGUUUUAUAAAUUUCUCGAUCUCAAAGAAAAGAUAGAAAAGAAGAAUUAUAGCUUGACGGUGAGAAGAAGAGUUUACUUGGCUACGGAUGAACUGGGUGUCAUUAAACAAGCAUUAAAAACGUAUCCGAAUUACGAAUUUUUAUAUGACAAAAAAGUAGUAAAAUUAGCCCGGGGUCGCAAAAGAUACACUAAAUUAUCCUUGGAGGGUAUCAUAAAGGAUAUCCAUUUUCUAUCCAAGUCCGACUAUCUCGUUUGUACGUUCUCAUCUCAGAUCUGCCGACUGUCCUACGAACUAAUGCAAACCUACCAUACAGAUGGCGCUAACAGGGUUCAAAGUUUAGACGAUAUUUAUUACUACGCCGGCCAAGUACACAUGAAGUAUGUCGCUAGAGUUCAGCACAUCCCUAAAUUCACUAAUUCCCUAAUCGAUCCUUAUGAAAAAGAUGGCAACAAUAGUUAUCGGGAUGUCAAAUGCCGACAGUUGAUGAUGGCUGUUGGGGACGAAAUAAAAAUACACGGAAACCACUGGGACGGUUACUCAUUAGGGACCAACGUCAGGACCGCAAAAACGGGCUUAUUCCCCUCUUAUAAGAUAGAAAAGAUUGAAGUUUCUAGGAGAUAUUCUUUAAAAAAUUAUGAACCUGAGAAUUAA